AUGGUCGCCCUCAAGCCCAUCCUUCUCGCGGGCCUCGUGCACCUGCACCUGCACGCGCUGCGCGGCCUGGCGUGGGCGUCGUCCUCGCCGACCCCCCAGCAGAUAGUCCGCGACCUGCAAGCCAGGCUGUCGCCCGGGUCCGAGAUCGUCCUCACGUCCGACCCUGGAUAUGCGCGCGACUUUACCCAGCGCUUUGCCAUUGCCACCCCGCCGGCCUACGUGGUCGGCGUCAAGCCUGUCGCUGUCUCAGACGUGCAGGCCGUUGUCCGCUACUCGGCCAGCAAGAAUGUGCCGUUCCUCGCCACGGGCGGCGGCCACGGCUACACGUUUUCGCUGGGCCGGCUGGAAUCGGGCAUCGAGCUCGACAUGAGCAACUUUCAUAGCAUUGACAUUGACCCCGCGGCCAACACCCUGACGGUGGGCGGAGCGGUGCAGAUCGGCAAUGUCACUGCUGCGCUGCUGGCUGCCGGGCGGGAACUCCCCGUGGGCCAGUGUGCAACCGUAGGCCUCACGGGGCUGACCAUGGGCGGCGGCGUGGGCCCCUACGGCGGCAUCCACGGGGCGGCGUCCGACUCGCUGCUGUCAGCCGAGUUCGUGACGGGGACGGGCGACAUCCUCAACGUGUCGGCGACGCGGCACGCGGACCUGUUCUACGGCGUCAAGGGCGCCGGGUUCAACUACGGCGUGGCCACGCGGCUGACGUACCGCGUGUACCCGCUGACCAACAACGGCGACGUCAUGGUGGUCAACACGCAGUUCCCCGGGCCCCUGAACGGGUCCGUGUGGGAGCUGGCCAGCCGGUUCGUGGGCCGCCAGCCCAAGGAGCUGACGCUCGACUUCUCGCUGCGGUGGAACGCGUCGAGCGGCGGCAUGGUGGCCUGGUGCUCCUUCUACUACGUCGGCCCGCAGGCCGAGGGCCUGCGCCUCAUCCAGCCCUUCCUCGACCUCGGCCCGCUCAACGUUGAGAUCCACGCGGCAAGGUACGACAGCAUUUCCAGCGUGGCCCUGUACAGCGCCGAGAGCGUCGGCACCAUCCGCGGCAUCAGCUUCGUGCCCUACUCGGUCAACCUGUACGCCAUCGACCCGCCGAGCCUGAUCAGCCUGUUCAACUACAUGAACGCCACCAUGACGGGCCGCCCCGACCUGCAGACGGCCACGCUGGCCUGGGCCCAGUUCUCGACCUACGGGUUCCAGCUGUUCCCGGUCGAGUCGUCGGCGUUCCCCUACCGCGACGUUGCCGUGUUUUUCCAAUACGACGGCUUCGGCUUCAACGCCUCGCAGAUCCCGGCGCUCGACAAGUUCGGCAAGAACGUGCGCAGCCUGAUGCGCCCGGGCAGCGGCAGGACCGACCUCGAGGUCUACGUGCACUUUGGCCACGGCGACGAGGGCCCUGCGGCGUGGUACUCGGCGGCCAAGCUGCCGCGGCUGAAUGCGCUCAAGGCCGUGUACGACCCCAAGAACCUGUUUUCGUACUACAACCCGGUCCAGAGGGGCCGGUACGGCCAUUGAUGGGUUGGUGUGCUUUUACUGUUUUGUCGCUGUUCGGCUGCAGGCUAGAACACUGUCCGGCUGUAGGCUAGAAUACUGUUUGGCUGUAGGCUAGAAUACUGUUUGGCUGUAGGCUAGAAUACUGUU